UUUAUUAAUCAGUGUGUCACACGAUAUUUGUGUCAAGACGUCCCUCGCAAUUAUCGGAGCAAACGAGAAUUAUAAAGCAGCCGCUGUUCAUGAUGGAGGAGAAAAUGUUACGACUGUGUUUUGUGGUUAUCGCAACAUCAGUGGCGCUAGCAUCAUGUGGUGGUUCGUGCCCCCCCACUUUGUCAGUGGAUAUCUGUGAAGCUACUUGUGGACCAAAAGCGCCAUGCAACAGCACAACUCUAUGUUGCCCAACAGCGUGUGGUGGAGCGAUGUGCGUCGAUCCUAUGACCCAGCGACAUUUCGUUACAUUAGUUAAAAAAGGUCGUUGCCCUGAAUAUCCCCGUGGCGUCUGGAUAUGCAGUCAUACUUGUACGGGUGACUCUGAUUGUCCCCGCGCGUUGAAGUGUUGUCCUAAUCGAUGCGGCGCUCUGACGUGCCAGCGACCAGAUGCGGACGAAGAUAUACCACAGCCUAUUUAAUACAACAUUACUAUGUUAAAAAAAGGUUUUUCUAUAGUAAAUUAUACUUUUAUA